GCCGAGGCUGGGGCCGCCCCGCGGGGGCUGAUGCCAACUGCCAGUCCAACCGCCAGAGGCUGGCUGGGUCCUGCGGCGGCUAGCUCCGCGGAGCGUCUUUCAGUCCUGGGUCUGUGUGUGUCUCCGGUGUCCUCUUUCCGGUCAGCACCUCACUCUUCGCUUCUCGGGGUUCGUCUCCAGGUUUUCACUUUCUCCUUCUCUUUCACCGUCUCCCCAUCCCUGGUGCCAGCCAUUCUCCCGGGCUUCGGUGUCCAGACCUGAGGACCUGCCCUGCGCCCCAUGGAAGAGCCCCUCGCUCCCACCUCAGCCUCCAAAGCCAUCGAGGAGCCUGGGUCCCGCGCAGAGAUCAUGGAAGAAGUGACAUCAUCCUCCUUCAACAAUCCUCUGUUCCAGCAGGAAGACAAGAAAGGGAUUACCUACCGGAUCCCGGCCCUGCUCUAUGUGCCCCCCACCUGCACGUUCCUGGCCUUUGCAGAGAGGCGUUCAACAAGCAGGGAUGUGGAUGCACUCUACCUGGUGCUGAGGCGAGGGUUGAGGACUGGGCACUCAGUACAGUGGGGACCCCUGAAGCCACUGGUGGAAGCCAGUUUACCUGGGCAUCGGACCAUGAACCCUUGUCCUGUGUGGGAGCAAAAGAGUGGCUGUGUGUAUCUGUUCUUCAUCUGCGUGCGGAACCAUGUCACCGAAUGUCAACAGAUUGCAUUAGGCAAGAAUGCUGCUCGCCUCUGCUUUGUCUGCAGUCAGGAUGCUGGAUGCUCGUGGAGUGAGGUGAGGGACUUGACUGAAGAUGUCAUCGGCUCAGAGUUGAAGCACUGGGCCACAUUUGCUGUGGGCCCAGGGCAUGGCAUCCAGCUGCAAUCAGGGAGGCUGGUCAUCCCUGCAUAUGCCUACUAUUUCCCUUAUCGGUACCUUUGCUUCACACUACCAUGUAAAACAAAGCCUCAUUCCCUGAUGAUCUAUAGUGAUGACUUCGGGGUGACAUGGCAUCAUGGUAAGCUCAUUAGACCUUUGGUGACAGUGGAGUGCCAAGUGGCAGAGGUGACCAGGAAGGCUGCUCAUCCUGUGCUCUAUUGCAGUUCCCGGACACCAAACAGGUACCGAGCAGAGGCUCUCAGCACUGAUCAUGGUGAAAGUUUUCAGAAACAGACUCUGAGCCCACAGCUCUGUGAGCCCCCACAUGGCUGCCAAGGCAGUGUAGUGAGUUUUCGGCCCCUGGAGAACACACGUAGAUGCCAGCACACAGGUGGCAAAGAUGCUCCUACCAUUCAGGAGAGCCCUCUGCUGGACAAUUCACUGAGGCUGGAGGAAGGAGCUGGAACAGCAUCAGAAACAUGGCUCUUAUACUCACACCCAACUAGUAAGAAACGAAGAGUUGACCUGGGCAUCUACCUCAACCAGAACCCCUUGGAGAUUGCCCACUGGUCUCACCCUUGGAUCUUGCACUGUGGGCCCUGUGGCUACUCUGAUCUGGCUGCUGUGGAGGAGGAGGGCUUAUUUGGAUGUUUGUUUGAGUGUGGGACCGAGUGUGAGUGUGAGCAAAUAGCCUUCCGUCUGUUUUCAGAACAAGAGAUCCUGAGCUGCAUAUAGGGGAUCUGCACCAUUCCUGAUAGGAACCUGAGCCAAUUCAAGACAAAUAAUUUACUGACUUUUCCAUAGAAGAGAAUGGCAGCCACAGCCAGGAUAAUAGAGGUUACUGAGGUAUACAGAGAAUCAAACCCUUAAUAUUCUACUCUCGACCUUUUUUUCAUUUCUCCUCCAAAGAGCAAAAUGAAAAAUUUUCCAUAGCUCCUUCAGUCAAAGAUCACUGAAUUGGCCGGAUUUAGAACACUGGACUUGUUACCUGAACUUCCUGGGCCUCAAGUGUCCAUCUGUAAAAUGAGAGAAUUGAAUCUGUGAUCUCUUGUCUUCCCAUUACUAGGAGAAGCAGAGAACCUAUAUGUUCCAUGAUUAGCAAGUCCUGGCUUCAUAAGGAUUCUGCUCAGAAUGGGCGUCAGAGUACUUUCUUUUCAAAUGACUCUUCCCUAAUAAUCCUUUAAGGUUACACACAGGGGUCGAGGCAAGAAGAAAGACCUGGAUUUGUUUUUCAUAUUUAAUAACAAAACACCCUUACCCUUCUAAUCAUGCUCCAAGCUUUGCAGGCUGUCCAUCCUAGAGGAAUUGAGCAAGACAGCAGAAUCAUGAGGUCGCCUACUUUCUCCAGCUUUGCAGCUCUGCUCAACCUUCCCUUCUUUAUCCAGAAAACAUUUCCUGGGAGAAAAAUGAGAAACCAUCAGCCCUUGAUGAUGGUGCUUUCUGCUUCUGAUAUCAUUAUCUUGAUGAAAAUGAGCCUGAUGUUCAUUUUCCCAUCAGAGUGAUUCCUGUCAGGAAAAGGACAUGUGUUUAGGAUAUUAGAACACUGGACAAACCAGGCAUGUUGGUAUACAUCUACAGUCCCAGCUACUCAGGAGGCUGAGACAGGAGAAUCCCUUGAACUCAGGAGUUCAAGGCCAAUUUGAGCAAUAUAGAGAGACCAUGUCUCUAAAAACAAAACAAAAAAAUGGACAAAACUUCCUAUGGUCCCUUUAAGGAGCUCACAGUUUAUGGAGCUAGAAAAGGAAUUAGAUUUGAGAAAAAAAAUGCUGAUGGUGGAUAGUUGGUAGAUAUUGGGCUCUAAAUUGGGAUGAUGGUAACUCCUGAUGUCAUUGUUUUAAUUGCAUCUUCAGUAUACCUGGAGUCCUCUGUCCAAGGGCUUGUCCAGGCUGCUGGGUUUUCCCCAGUUGGUUUUUGUGGCACAGCCUCUCCUUUAUCAUUGAGGAAGGUCCUCACCCAUUAGGAAGGUCAUGGGCUGUAAACCUCUAAAUCAGGCCUAUUUGUUGGGACCUAUUGGAAUCACUACUUUUGAAGUGGGGAUGACUCUCCAUCUAAGACUUUUGGGGCUGAAUUUACUUAGUCAGUCAUGGGUAUCUCACAUGAUAUUCCAAUAGUUGCUUCUAUCUUAGAUUGUUUCCCUAAUAGGCUGUUAUUAUGACAGAAAUUUUAACAUUAGAUUUAUUUUUUGUCUCUUUCUCUCUAUUUAAGGAGGAUAGUGCCUUAAACUCAGCUAAAUAUUUUUUGGUGCUAGGUAAUGACCAUGAAGAGUAAGCCUAGUUUUGGGAUGCAGCCUAGGAGGCUAGAGUUGUAGUUAUACAAGGCAGGUAAAGAAAUGUCAUACUUGAGCAUAUUACUUAAGACUGUAACUUUGAAUGGAUUUUAAAAAUCCACUUAGCCUUUCAUACAUUUGCCAAAGUAAUCUUCUUAGUACAAUUAUGAUCUUCAUCCAUUUGUGUGUACAUUUAUUUAAAUAUUUCUUGAGUGGCUCUGCAUAAUGCAAGGUACUUCUGUUGUCAUUUCUUGGUUCAAAAUCAUUUGUGGCUCCCAUUGCUUACUAAAGUUUAGACAGCCUGACAUGCAGGACCUUCCAGUUUGGGGAUAAAAAUAAUACAUUACUACUUCCCUUUAUUUCCUUAUAUGAAGCCCACUAUCAGGGAAGACUUUUGUCAAGCUGGCCAAGUGAAGGGCGGCAGGGGCCUAGGGGUGGGCAGAGUUGGUGGUAUAGGGAGGAAUUGAGGAAGAGGAGAGUUAAAAAAGCAUUUCUACCUCCUCCUAAGAGGUAGAAAUGCCUUGCUCAGCAAAGCUUUCCUGAGCACUAACCCCAACUAAAUAGGAACUGGAAGGAUGGCUAAUUCUAAACCAGGGAUAAAGGAACAUCCAAACUUCUUUAGGAUUGUCUAAAGGAGUCAAGGAAGGGAUCUUGGUCAUGUGCCAGCAUGGGCCAAAGCUGUGUAAUAUCAGUAUUCAUAAGAUAUCCAUCUCUUAAUUGCCCCUCACCCUGUACUCCUCCCUUACCUCAAGUUUGUUCUCCUUAAUGGCUUAAGGGCUUAUGUGCUUACUUAAGGAAUGAGGAAAUCCAGAAUGAGGCCUAGAGUGGGUGAUGGCAGCUGUGAAGAAAAAGAUCAGCAGAUAUGAGUCUGUCACCUUUAGGAAGAGAGAGAAUGUGGCCCAGUUGUGAAGCCUGGGCUGGAGAGAUGGUGUAGGUGGUAGCUGCUGUGAAGAAGAAAUGACAAAAGGCUGGGGAUAUUUCCUGAAACCCAUGGGAAGGGAGAAAACCCUGCACAGGCCUGCAGCUUGGCCUGAGAGGAGGGCCAACCCAGCUCUAUACCAAGCUAGCUUAACUUGGCCAUGCUAAGUGAACAAUAAAUAUAGCUAUAGGCACUCCAGUGCUGGUGCCAAUCACCCAAGGCCUUCAGGGCCCUGGGACCUACCCUAAGUAAGCCCAUUUCAGCCACACUUUGGAUGGUAGAGUGGAAAAGAUAGGGAAAGUGGUGACAGCUGUGAAGAAAAGAGGAAAGCAGAAGUGUACCUCUUGGGACCAAAUUAUCCUUUGCCCUCCAAAGCCCACCAUCCUGUUCCUUAGAGAAUGGAUGCAUCCAGCACACACGACCCAUCACUAGGUGUGCACCCAGAUCAACUGCCCACCCAUUCAAACUGUUGAUCCUACUCAUGUUCCUUAACUCCUCAGCUCUUUAAUAUUUAUCUCAGGUCCUUGUUGUUUUGUGCUUUGUUUGUACCUGUUUUUCCUGGUGACCAGUUUCCCCUCAGGUGGCCAAAGAUGUUUGUGACUAUAGCCAGAGAUAAGAAACUUUUCAUUUUGCCUGUUGGGUAAUCCAAAGGACCAAUAGGGGUCAACCCGAGGCUGUAGGAUUGAUAUCUCCACCUGGAUCUGGCUGCUCUCUUCCCCAGUAGGCUAUAAGUUUCCCUACUGCAUUAUUAGAAGAGAUGUCAUGUCAUUCAUCUCUGUGCUGUCAGAGGCUAUACUCUUGAGUUUCUUUUCGAUUCUUCCACAGGCUGCUCUGUAUAUACCUCUCUAGGCCUCUGCUAGGCUGGAGACUUCUGAGAUCCAAGUCUGUCUGACUACACUCUGUCCUUUUUACCUUGAAAAAAAUAUAUGUGAAAUGACUUAUCUAUAAAUACAUACUUUUUCUACUACAUUUGGAAUUCCUUAAAGUAAGGACUGUUUGAUUGCUGUCUUUGUCCUCUGAACCCAGUAUAGGGUCUGGAAAAGAGUAGACGGUAGAAAAAGACAGGCUAAGUGAAUGAAUGAGUCAGCCUUCUGGAACUAACUAAGGAGGCCCAGAGGGAGUUCUGCUACAAGGAGGAUAUUAUGUCUCUCUAUAGUUGCACAAUAUUCAAAACCUGCUGAAUGCUCACCUUAAAUGAGUGUUCUCUGCCCUGGCCUGCUUCCAUGUUAGUCAUAGUAUUUCCUGGGAAUGGGCUUUUCUUUGGCUUGGUCCUGCCAGAUGUUCUCCAAAUUAUAGCCCAAGCCUAAACCCAAGCUAUGAUUCAGGGUUCUCAUUUCACAUGUAUUUCCCGUCUGUCCCUGAUUAGAUUUUCUGUAAUUGCCACUUUUCUAGAACUCCAAGGAAGAUGCUGAAACUCGGCAUGUUCUGAGUGGUCUUGGCUUUAUGAUGCCAAGUACCAAAAAUACUCCUUGUAUCAUAAAACUACCACCACUCUUGGAAGCAAGAAGAGUAAAAAACUUAAUUUUGUUGACCACUGUUGUUUGGUUAAGGAAACUGAGAUGAUGAUCACCUACUAUCUAUUCCCAACUUAAAAAAUAAAUUUGAGGCAGUUCUUUUCACAGGAACUUUUACUUUUAGAAAACUUUAAUAAUAACAAUCCAUUGUGCCUUUACACAUUGCCAUUUGAACAUAGUUGACUGUGAAGAGAAGCAGGGCAGGGGCUUAUCAUGACUAACUCAAUAGCAGGCUAUUUAAAUAGAGGAUUCAGGGUGUACAGGGUCACAAUGACCCCAGCUCCAGUGCUCAUGACUGCAUGUCUUAUGUAUUUCAAAACACUUUAAAGUUAUUAUCAAGCUGUAGCUGAAAAGCCCACAAAUAUUUACCUAAAUGUAAUGAAUGGGCUUUAGUUUUAACUUCUGAUGUUAACCCAACUUUCUGUUAGUUCCAUUGGGAUGCUUAUAAGGCACUACUGGAUUUGGCUGUAUAUUUUAGCACAACUUCUUAUAUUCUGUCAGAUCAAUCUAUUAAAUUCACUUUUGAAAAGGCUUCAAAUGGGCAAAUCUUUUGCCAUAAUACUGAGAGUCUCAUACGAUCAAACAAAUAAAGUUUGGAGAACUACUAAUUUACCUCUUAAAGUAGUUUACAGCAGUUACUUAUAUGAUCAUUUACAAAUCUGGUGCUCUGUUUUAUUUUUACGUGUUUUAUUAGAUGGCUUAAUGUCUGGAGGGCUUUGGGGCGUGAGAGGAAUACUCAAGUCUUUAGUAUUUAAAGAUGUAAACUUUAGUAAUGAACAUUAUUAAACUCAUAUCAAAAUAUUAAAACCUUUAAAAUAUUUAUAGAGUAACAAAUUUGAUUAAAACUGCCUUAAACAAAUACCAAUUAUAAA